UUCAGUGGGCGCUCUCCCUUUAAAUAUUUAACGACCAAAAUUGUUGAAAUCCCUAAAGAAAAGAAGGAGAAGAAGAAGAUUCUUGGAAGAGAGAGAGAGAGAGAGAACAAAUCACGUCGUCUUUCAAGUCUUCUUCUUUCACGUGACUGAGCAAACGAGAGGGGAAGAUUUUCCGAUGGGUUCUCGGGGUUUUCUCGCGUUUUCCAUCUGUUUUCUCCUCGUUUUCCCUCAAUUUUCCUCCGCUGCCGUCCGAUUCCCUCGCAUGCUCUCCCAGAAGAAUACAGAUGGGUCGGUGAUUAAGAUGAAAACGAGUGGUUCUUCCCUUGGUUUUGAUCCAACUCGUGUCACUCAGCUCUCUUGGAGGCCCAGGGCAUUCUUAUACAAGGGAUUUCUGUCGGAUGAAGAAUGUGAUCAUCUCGUUACCUUGGCGAAAGAUAAGCUCGAGAAGUCCAUGGUGGCGGAUAAUGAUUCGGGUGAGAGCGUAGAAAGUGAAGUACGCACAAGUUCUGGAAUGUUUCUAAAGAAAAGACAGGAUGAAGUAGUAGCUAACGUUGAAGAUAGACUUGCUGCUUGGACAUUUCUUCCCGAAGAAAACGGGGAAUCCAUUCAAGUUCUGCACUAUGAGUAUGGUCAGAAGUAUGAGCCGCAUUUUGAUUACUUUCAUGACCAGGCCAAUAUAGCACUUGGUGGUCAUCGGUUUGCCACUGUUUUGAUGUACUUGUCCACCGUCGAGAAGGGUGGAGAAACCAUCUUUCCAAUGGCAGAGGCUAAAGAUUCUCAGCCGAAGGACGAUAGCUGGUCAGAAUGUGCUAAAAAGGGCUAUGCAGUGAAACCCAGGAAAGGUGACGCUUUACUGUUCUUCAAUCUUCACCCUAAUGCAACUACAGAUCCGAGCAGUUUGCACGGAAGCUGCCCAGUCAUCGAGGGCGAAAAAUGGUCUGCAACCAGGUGGAUUCAUGUGAAAUCAUUCGAUAGAUCGUUGAAAUCAAAAUCAAAGUGCGUGGACGAGAAUGAGAACUGUGUAACAUGGGCGAAAGCCGGUGAAUGUGACAAGAACCCUACUUACAUGGUGGGUACCGACGAAGAACCAGGAUUUUGCAGAAAGAGCUGCAAGGUUUGUUCAUCUUAGAAAACGAAACAGCUCGAGUAAGUAAAGGAUCGAACUUUUGUAUAGCGAAAAAGACCGUUUUUUUUUACAAUGUGAGAUCGAGAAUCCUAAUACCAUUCUUUUGGCAGUUCAAAAUCCUGACUUUUCUUGAUGCAGUUUACAGACGGUUCAAUAGAAAGAACUUGGAAUAAUACGUGUUUACUGAUCUUUCUUAUCAGAAGAAUUUCUCAUGUGCUAUAAUUCUCAUGUUCUGUUUCUUAUAUAUGCGUGUAUAUACACACUCGUGCUUUGGUACUAAACACAGGAGUUGUCUAUUUAAGACUGUAUCUGACUAUUGUAAGCAUGAACUGGGAUGGAACCUUGCCUCUGUUUCUUA